AUGACUUCCUUUCUCUACCAGGACCUAAAUUCGAGGUCGGGAUCAUUCUUCGCGUUCAUUCUUCUCCUUCUUCUUUUAAUAUUGUCCGAAACUACAUCCACAUCGCGACCACGCGCCAAACCACUCCGGACAUAUGGCAAACGAACCACAAGGGACGACUCCCACCGCGAAACGAGUCUAAAGAAGCGACGUAUCUCGACAGAAAUAAGUCCUACCGAAACAUUGGCGUCCAAAGACACAGAUAAAGAAGCACAAUCUUUGCCAAAGAUAAUCCCAGAGGAAACCAAGGACGCGGCCGAGUCUACGAGCGAACCCGUCAAGAAAGGAUCGAUAUUGAGCUUCUUCAAACCUAUUCCUUCUUCAUCAACAGCUGCGUCAAGUCCAAAGAGCGACGAACCGCAACCCGGGUCACCUCCAUCUUCACCGCCACCAAGAAUAGAAACACGAAAGAAACCACGACUGUUGCGCUUUCGCGGUACUUCACUACCUCUACUAGAUGGCGAGAAUACCGAAGAUGAUGAUCAGACGGAAGGAUCGAAAGGAGAGACUGGCGCGAAACCUACAACAACAGCUCCAAGGGAGAGUUCGUUGAAUCGAGAGUCUAGCAGCGAUAUAAAAGCAGUCAAAAAGAGAAAGACGAAAUCAUCGACUGUACAAACGACGCUCAAUCUCUCAUCCCAAGCGGCAUUUUCUGAGUGCAAGUUGUGCAAUACAGUUUGGAAUCCUCUGUAUCCCGACGAUGUCAAGUUUCAUAUGAAGCAGCAUGCAGCGGUUUUGCGGGCGAGGAGAAAGGAAAAGGAGAAUGAAUUAUAA